CCUGCGCCCGAGCUCCGAGGCCGCGCUUCCUGCGUCCGCGUCCCGGUCUCCGCGCGGAUCGCGCGCCCUCUCCGCGCCGCGCUCCCUCGACCGAGGCUCCCCAGAGCCCCCAGCCCGCGAUCGUGGCGUCCCCGAAGAAGCAGCUCAGGGUAGGGGUGUCGCGCCGCCCCUAACCCCGGGCCGCCGGGCAGAAACCCAGCCGGACCCGCCGCCGCCCGGGUGAGAAUUUCUAGGCUUCCCCCCACACAAAGUUCACACCGGAAAUAAAUGUGCAACAGAUCUGAGGCUGCCUGGCUCUUGGAUCUUCUCCCAGUCACUGUCAGGAGCCCUCCAAAGCUCAGAGCCCCACACUGCUACUUGCCGUAAGGAGACCUCUCCGCUGCAGCUGCGCACCUGAGAUGCCCAGAGUCUGCGUGGAGCCGUCCCUUGACUGUUCAGCAGAUGAUUUUUUAGUGUGGCACUAGAGAUUUUCUUUAAUGCACAUAAAAGAUUUUUGCUGCUGCUGCUGCUGCUUUUUAUUUAUUUAUUUUCUUCCUUUGACCCGGGCUUUGCCUGGCUCUUGCGGACAUGAUGGCCCAGUCCAAGGCCAACACCUCCCACCAUGCACUGACCGCCAUCGGCCUGGGGAUGCUGGUCCUCGGGGUCAUCAUGGCCAUGUGGAACCUGGUCCCUGGCUUCAGCACUGCGGAAAAGCCUACAGCUCAGGGGAACAAGACUGAGAUUGGCAGCAGCGGUGGCAGUGGCAUCCUCAAGAGCAAGACCUUCUCUGUGGCCUACGUGCUGAUCGGCGCAGGGGUGAUGCUUCUGCUGCUGUCCAUCUGCCUGAGCAUCAGAGACAAAAGGAAACAGCGACAGAGUGAGGAGCUGGCCCACAUCCAGCAGCAGGCUGGGGCCACACCUCACACCCAGGAGGAAGACAGCCAAGAGGAGGAGGAAGAGGCCUCCUCGAGGUACUACGUCCCCAGCUACGAGGAGGUGAUGAACACAAACUACUCAGAAGCCAGGGAGUUGGAGCAGAACCCCAGGCUGAGUGUCUCUCUCCCAUCCUACGAGUCCUUGACAGGGCUCGACCAGACCAUCCCCACCAGGCCCGAGGUGGACCCGAGCCCCGGGAACCCCCCCAACAGACAGAACUCCAAAUUAGCCAAGCGCCUGAAGCCCCUGAAGGUUCGAAGGAUCAAAUCGGAGAAGCUUCACCUCAAAGACUUUAGGAUCAACCUCCCAGACAAAAAUGUGCCCCCUCCCUCCAUCGAGCCGCUGACCCCUCCACCACAGUAUGAUGAGGUCCAGGAGAGGGCCUCUGACGCCCGGCCCCCUGAUUGACAGCCCCUCUCGGCCACUACCCUCCUGUCCUGCACUGUCCACAUCACAGACUGCAAUGCAGCUGCUUUAGCCUGGCUGAGCAGCAGAGGGCCGAUAUGCACCUGGCUGUUGGGAUGGGGGAGUCUGUGACCAGACAGGACCAGGGAUGGUCCAGGACCCUGCUAUAGGUGCAGCAGAAGGUGGCUGUCUGGAUGCUGUCCAGGGUGCAGCAGAGUCUUCUUCUCAUCUUCCUUCCUCGAUGCUGAAUCCGUUGCUGGCGACACGCUCCUCUUUCAAGCCAGGAAAGGAUGCCUAACAAUUUGUUUAGAUUGUGACUGUUGUAUUUUAUUUCUACUAUGACUGUUUUGUUUCCAAGAGAAAACAAGAUUUUCAUUUGCUCUCUUUCCUACAUCCUGAACGGGGGUGCAGAGAGAGAACCUGGCUCAGCUUUGCCCCCAGGACCUGGAUCACUCUGUGCAGGAAGCAGUUGAGCACGUGGGGUGGACCCGGGUGGUGGCUCUCGGGGUCCCUGAUGCUGUCAGUUCUUUGAGGACCUCAGGCCUGAUGAACUUGGGCACAUAAUGCACAUGACGAUAGUCUCACUGGUACCAUUUACUAGUAGUCCCUUCUGUGUGUCAGCAAAAGAGACAUUCUCCUCCUAAAAUGUCAUCGGACCAAGCUUUUUAUAAUAAAAUAUUUUAUAUGUAGCACACUUGA